AUCAAAGCUCUUUCCAAUUCAAUGCAAUCAGUGAGGUGUGGACAGUCUUUAAAGGAGCAGCCACCCUAAUUGAGAUGAUUUGCAGCUGGUACUAAACAGGCAAAAGGACUGGUCUUCACCAACGGUUUCCAGACUCGUCAACCAUGGCAAAGAUGGUAGUUUGGUUGGCAGUGCUGUUAAUGUUGGUAGUCUCCACUAAAACUGCAAAGGGCUCCUUUAAACUGGACAUGGCUCCUAACUCUGUGGAUGACAUGUACGCUGGCUGCGAAGACCAGAUGGCGCAUAAAGUGAGGACUGCCUUUCUGCUGAAGGAGAAAGAUCAAAACAAAAAUUUCUCAGAGGCCUGGAAUGAAGCGGAGAAAUACUACAACAAGAAAUGGAGACCCAAACAUGGAAAGGCCCCUUCCAGAACCCUGGUGAAAGAGGAGAUCAUGGCCAUUUAUGUUUACACGACAGACAAACCCAAAGUCUACCGUGAAUUCAAUGAUGCUGUCAGAACACAGAACAUGAAGUACAAAACUGUAUUCAAAUACCAUGCUCUGCACUUCUUCCUCACAAGUGCUCUGAAAAAGCUCAGCUCUCGCAGGAAUACCCUGAAAAGGUGCCUCACUGGCUACCGAAGGGUCAACAGCUAUUUCAGCCAAGAUGUCCUCAACAAGCAGAUUCGGUUUGGCUGUUUUACUUCCACUUCAAUGCUUGGUUAUCAACGUCCUUACAGAUUUGGUGACAAAACAUGUUUUGAGAUUUCUACUUGUUUGGGAGCAGACAUCUCGUUGUAUUCAAAGUUUGGAGAAUCAGAAGCAGAAGUUUUGAUUCCCCCAUAUGAGGUAUUUAAAGUGACCCAGAUCAAGAGGAGGUCUGAGCAGAAGAACCUUCCAUGUGAUGUUGUUUAUAAACUAAAGAGUGUGCAAAAAGCAUUUUCUAACCUGAACUGUGCUCUUGUCUGAAUAAAGCGACCUCUCUAAUUUGGUGUCAAAGUUUUGUUAAGAGACAUAUUUUAAUCUUUCAGGAAACACACAGUUUGAUCACAUUUUAAUGGGCACUAAAUAUGUUAAAGUGCUCAAGCAUCAUUAUGUAUAACUUUGGGCUUUUAUUUCGGAAUUAGACACAUCCUGUUUAUCUGUAUAUCUCUAAAUGGUGUCUGUAAUGGAAAUCUCACACAGGUGAUGCAUCUGAAACUGCGUUCCUUUCAUUCAAUAAAU